AUGGCGAAUACAUCGAUAGGAACCGAUCUAUUCAUCUACCCGGAAUGCUUGAGGGUGUCAGGGUGUCUGACGGGGUCGAUCGGGCUGUGUGAGGUCGAGGUGUGUGAGGAGGUCGAGGUGUGUGAGAAGGUCGAGGUGUGUGAGGGGGUCGAGGUGUGUGAGGAGGUCGGGGUGUGUGAGGGGGUCGAGGUGUGUGAGGAGGUCGAGGUGUGUGAGGAGGUCGGGGUGUGUGAGGAGGUCGGGGUGUGUGAGAAGGUCGAGGUGUGUGAGGGGGUCGAGGUGUGUGAGGAGGUCGGGGUGUGUGAGGAGGUCGGGGUGUGUGAGAAGGUCGAGGUGUGUGAGGAGGUCGAGGUGUGUGAGGAGGUCGGGGUGUGUGAGGAGGUCGAGGUGUGUGAGGUAGAGGUGUGUGAGAAGGUCGAGGUGUGUGAGGGGGUCGAGGUGUGUGAGGAGGUCGGGGUGUGUGAGGGGGUCGAGGUGUGUGAGGAGGUCGAGGUGUGUGAGGAGGUCGGGGUGUGUGAGGGGGUCGAGGUGUGUGAGGGGGGAGAGGUGUGUGAGGAGGUCAAGGUGUGUGAGGAGGUCGGGUUGUGUGAGGAGGUCGAGGUGUGUGAGGGGGUCGAGGUGUGUGAAGAGGUCGAGGUGUGUGAAGAGGUCAAGGUGUGUGAGGAGGUCGGGGUGUGUGAGGGGGUAGAGGUGUGUGAGGGGGUAGAGGUGUGUGAGGGGGUCGAGGUGUGUGAGGGGGUAGAGGUGUGUGAGGGGGUCGAGGUGUGUGAGAAGGUCGAGGUGUGUGAGGAGGUCAAGGUCGGGGUGUGUGAGGAGGUCGGGGUGUGUGAGGGGGUCGAGGUGUGUGAGGAGGUCGGGGUGUGUGAGGAGGUCGAGGUGUGUGAGGGGGUCGAGGUGUGUGAGGGGGUCGAGGUGUGUGAGGAGGUCGGGGUGUGUGAGAAAGUCGAGGUGUGUGGGGAGGUCGAGGUGUGUGAGGAGGUCGAGGUGUGUGAGGGGGUCGAGGUGUGUGAGGAGGUCGGGGUGUGUGAGGAGGUCGAGGUGUGUGAGGUCGAGGUGUGUAAGGAGGUCGGGGUGUGUGAGGAGGUCGAGGUGUGUGAGGUAGAGGUGUGUGAGAAGGUCGGGGUGUGUGAGGUGGUCGAGGUGUGUGAGGAGGUCGAGGUGUGUGAGGGGGUCGAGGUGUGUGAGGAGGUCGAGGUGUGUGAGGAGGUCGAGGUGUGUGAGGUGGUCGAGGUGUGUGAGGAGGUCGGGGUGUGUGAGAAGGUCGGGGUGUGUGAGAAGGUCGAGGUGUGUGAGGAGGUCGAGGUGUGUGAGGUGGUCGAGGUGUGUGAGAAGGUCGAGGUGUGUGAGGAGGUCGAGGUGUGUGAGGUGGUCGAGGUGUGUGAGGAGGUCGGGGUGUGUGAGGAGGUCGAGGUGUGUGAGGAGGUCAAGGUGUGUGAGGAGGUCGAGGUGUGUGAGGGGGUAGAGGUGUGUGAGGGGGUCGAGGUGUGUGAGGAGGUCGAGGUGUGUGAGGAGGUCGAGGUGUGUGAGGAGGUCGGGGUGUGUGAGGAGGUCAAGGUGUGUGAGGGGGUCCGUGAGUUUGAUUUAACGUUGAACAAUAUAAUCCUGACGUGUCAUCUUCUUAUGUGGGAGGAAGCUGCAGACGCAGGUCAUUGA